AUGAACUUUAACCAGAUUUGCCGUAUCACUAUUGGAACAUUCCAUGCUGGUCUCAGCAUACAACAGCUUUUUUUAAACAACAACAAAGUGAAGCUGCUUGAAACACAUUGUCUGGAUAAUUUGACUUCACUUGAGUGGCUUAAACUAAAUAAGAAUAAGUUGAGUCACUUGCCUAAGCCUCUAUUUGAGAAGCUGUCACAGUUGAAACAUUUGGAGAUGUCACGGAAUAAACUGAGCAUUAUUGAAGGCCUCUCAUUCCUUGGAUUAGACAACUUACAAAAUCUGUUGCCUGUCCCCCCCCCUUCUCUAAAGGCACGGUUGCCUGCCCCCUACUCACUAAAGGCACGGUUGAAUUCACUAAAGGCGCAGUUGCCCUUCUCUUCCCUAAAGGCGCGGUUGCGUGUCCCCCCCUUCCCUAAAGGCGCGGUUGCGUGUCCCCCCUUCCCUAAAAGGCGCGGUUGCGUGUCCCCCCCUUCCCUAAAGGCGCGGUUGCGUGUCCCCCCCUUCCCUAAAGGCGCGGUUGCGUGUCCCCCCCUUCCCUAA